CCACAAUGCCCGUUCAGGCGGCUCGGGCCCGGCCGCCGCGGCUCCAAGAUGGCGCAGACGAUAUUCGAGGCGCUGGAAGGAAUGGAUAAUCAGACAGUGCUGGCUGUUCAGUCCCUGCUGGAUGGUCAGGGAGCAGUUACAGAUCCAUCCGGUCAAAAUGUCAACACCUCCACCACCAUUCAGUCCAUGGAUGAUGAGGACGUGUUCUUGUGUGGGAAGUGUAAGAAGCAGUUCAACUCGCUGCCGGCAUUCAUGACCCACAAGAGGGAGCAAUGCCAAGGAAACACCCCUUCACUGGCCACUGUCUCAUUGGCUACCAACAGCGUGUACACUCCGUCCAUCACAUCCGUGCAGCAGGCUCAGAGUGCCAAUCGGCAGCAAAUUUCCACAUACAUCACGGUUCCUCCAUCUCCGCUGAUCCAGACGCUAGUGCAGGGGAAUAUCUUAGUCAGUGAUGAGGUGCUGAUGUCAGCCAUGUCCGCUUUUACAUCCCUGGACCAACCAAUGCCCACGGUGCAGCCCUCCGUGCAGAGCACCUUGAGUAUGCACGCAGGAGCUGGAUACCUUUCCCAGCCCCCACCUCCUCCGCCACCCCCACCUCCUCCUCCACCUCAGCCUCCACCUCCUCCCGCUCAGACACUGGGAGCACCGGGACAGCCUAGCACUGGUGGCAGCCGGGUGGUGGAAGUGUACAGCGCACCUGCUCCUAUGGCAGGAAAUGGCACAGUGGAGAUCCAGACGCUGGGGAUGCAGCCCUAUCCGCCCAUAGAGGUGCCAAGCCAGUGUGUGGAAAGUCCUGUGUAUCCCUCCCCUCCAGUGUACAGCCCAGAGAAGCAGGGCUUCAAAUCCAAAAGCACUAACACUGCUGCUCCUUUGACCAAUGCGGCUGGAGGAAACGUGGCCAGUUUUGAUUCCACCUCGACCUCCAAAAAUAGGCGUUCCAAAAAUGACAGUGGGCUGCAAGAAGGGAAACCUAAGUCCCCCAAACUGAAGUGCACUUAUUGUGACAAGGCCUUCACCAAGAACUUUGACUUGCAGCAGCACAUCAGAAGCCACACAGGUGAGAAGCCGUUCCAGUGCAUCGUGUGCGGCCGAGCCUUCGCGCAGAAGUCCAACGUGAAGAAGCACAUGCAGACCCAUAAAGUGUGGCCUCCAGGGCUCGGGUGCACCAUCUCCCGCAACUCCAUCACGGUGCAGGUCAUGGCACUGAACCCCAACCAGCAAGAGGACGAGGAGAAUGCAGGCUUAAGCCAGGCCUCCAGGAACUCUCCCCAGCAGCCUCAGGCCAUGGCCCCCACAGAAGAGAGCGAGGUUGGAAAACUGGAAGCCAAGCAGGUUGUCCUGAUUGAUAGCUCUUACCAGUGCCAGUUCUGCCCCAGCAAGUUCAACACCUACUUCCAGCUCAAAUCGCACAUGACGCAGCACAAGAACGAGCAGGUGUACAAGUGUGUGGUGAAAAGCUGCGCUCAGACAUUCCAGAAGCUAGAGUCCUUUCUAGAGCACAUCAAGAACCACCAGGAGGAGCUGAGCUAUCGCUGCCACCUGUGCAGCAAGGACUUCCCCUCCCUGUAUGAACUGAGCGUCCACCAGUACUCCCACAGCCUGCUGCCCCAGCACAGCCCCAAGAAGGACGUGGCCGUGUACAAGUGUGUCAAGUGUGUAAAUAAAUACUCCACCCCAGAAGCGCUGGAGCACCAUCUGCAGACGGCAACGCACAACUUCCCCUGCCCUCACUGCCAGAAGGUGUUCCCCUGUGAGAGGUACCUGCGACGGCACCUCCCCACGCAUGGAGGAGGGGGCAAAUUCAAGUGCCAGAUCUGUAAGAAAUUCUUCCGCCGGGAGCACUACCUCAAGCUGCACGCCCACAUCCACUCAGGUGAAAAGCCCUUUAAGUGCUCUGUGUGCGAUGCAGCCUUCAACCGGAAAGAUAAACUGAAGCGACACAUGCUGAUCCAUGAGCCUUUCAAGAAGUACAAAUGUCCCUUCUCAAGCCACACAGGCUGUAAUAAAGAGUUCAACAGGCCAGACAAGCUGAAAGCUCAUAUACUCUCCCAUUCGGGAAUGAAGAUCCACAAGUGCCAGUACUGUAGCAAGUCCUUCAGUCGGCGGGCCCACAUGGUGGAACAUCAGCGCUCGCACACUGGAAACUACAAGUACCGCUGCCCCACCUGCAGCAAGGGCUUCACGCGCCAGAAGUAUAUGAAGGACCACAAAUGCAGGCUGAACUCACCCAUGGACAAAGAGCUUCAGCUCAGGAAGGCCCAGAAGAAGCGGGGAGCUCGGCGGAAGGUGGGCCUUCCUCUUCCCAGCCAGCUGGCCCUGGCAGAGCUGAAGGACAGUGCAGAGGGGGAGAACCCCCGGGAGAGUGGCCCCAACAAAGAACAGUUUCGGGAAUCAGACGCAGUCCUGUCCAUUGUGGUUGGUGGGUCGGCAGCUGCAGAUUCGGACCUUGUAGUCCCCGGCCAGCCCAGCAGCAUCGCAUCCAGUCUUGCCCUGGCAGAGUUGCAGACUGGCACAGAUGUGCCGUGCGCCAUGCUGGCUGUCCCUGUUUACAUUCAGACUACGGACUGAUAAAAUUGUGACCUGUGAGUGGUAGGGGAUCCGCAUUUUCUUCACCCACUGCUGGGGUUGCCAGACUCAUGGUGAGAUGGGCUGAAGUGUCUGGAUCACAGUGAUACAGAGACCAAAACUCUUAGUGAUGGAGAUGGGUAGGGAAGACAAUGACUUUCAUCUCCACCUACCGAGGUACAUGACUCCAUAGAAGCCAGUGAUGGCCAGCAGGUCCAGAGGGGAAUGGUUACAUUUUCUUGUCCCCGUUCAGCAUGUGACAAUGCGGGGGAGGGGUGACAAGGAGCCCUGAAUCAGGGUGGGAAGAACGGUAGAGACCAUGAGCAGAAAGCUUUGCAAAGCACCGUCUGCCCCAUUCAUGUUUUUAUUGUAAAAUCCGUGUUAUUGCCCCAUAUAUGGGGAGGGGUGUGUCCAAUUGCAAAUACAUGAUCCUUCCUACUGGAAGCAAGUGCAUCCUGAUAUCCUUUGGGAAUAUUGUUCAUAAAUACCCUAAUAGACA